AUGCCUCCCACCGCGACGUCCACCAAGAAGACCCCUUCGCUAAAGAUGUUGAUGGCGAAGUUGAAAGACAUACAGUCAACAUUCAACGACAUCUGGCGCUAUGUGCAGGAGUUUCAAGUGGAUGCCACUGCGUCGCAAGUAGAAGUGCGCUUGGAGAAUAUUGAUGAGUUAUGGCAAACUUUUCGAAGUACAGUCACCGAAAUAAUAUCCCAUGAUGAUUUCGAAGAAGAAGACGAUGUUUACGAAAAGGAUAGAUUAGAGUUCAAUAAUCGUUAUUACCAGGCCAAAGCUUUUCUGAUGGAUGAACUCAAGAAAAGAAAGGAGCCGGCGCAGCAGGAUCAAUCCCUGAGGGGUGACUCAUCUGUACUUUCUACGGUCGACCAUGUUCGGUUACCCCAGAUUAAGCUGCAAUCUUUCAGUGGAGACAUAGAUGAAUGGUUAAGUUUUCGGGACCUUUUUACCUCACUUAUACAUUGGAAAGGAGACUUACCAGAGGUAGAGAAGUUUCACUAUUUAAAGGGAUGUCUCCAAGGUGAACCGAAGACUCUGAUUGAUCCACUACCCAUAACAAAAGACAAUUACUUGGUAGCUUGGGAGAUGUUGAUGAGUCGCUACAACAAUAGCAAGCAGCUGAAGAAACGUCAAGUACAAUCACUGUUUAUGUUGCCCACGCUCUCCAGAGAAUCGCUAUCUGAUCUUCAUAGUCUUCUGGAGGGUUUUGAGAGGACUGUCUCGACCUUAGAUCAGAUUGUGAAACCGAUGGAAUACAAGGAUCUUCUCCUAAUAAAUAUUUUAACAUCACGCCUUGAUCUGACUACGCGAAGAGCUUGGGAGGAGUUUUCAUCAUCGUUAGAGCAAGAUACGUUGAAAGAAUUGACCGAGUUUCUCCAUCGACGAAUAAGAGUUCUGGAAUCCUUGCCAUCAUUGCCAUACAAGGGUACCCAUCAACAGUCUGUCCUACCAAAACCGAGAUUAUCGACAGUAAAUGCUAGUUUCGGUAGUUUUCAAGCAACUAAAGGGCGCUGUGUCGCAUGUUCGGCGGAUCACUUAUUAUACCAAUGCGGUGAAUUCCAAGCGAUGUCAGUUGCAGAUAGGGAUUCCUUAUUACUCAAACACGGUUUAUGCAGGAACUGCUUCCGACGGGGACACCAAGCUAAGGAAUGCAUCUCCAGUUUUUCUUGUCGGAAUUGUAGCGGGCGCCAUCAUACAUUGGUAUGUUUUAAACCGGAAGAGGAUGCUAGUCCAAGGGUAAUACCGGCAUCCACCGCAUCUACUUCCAAGGAUUCAAGGGAAAGUCCAACUCCGGUAUGCAGUAAGACAGUGAGCAAUCUCCAAGUAUCGGGUGCAGCUUUGCGUUAUACAUCUCAAGUUCUUCUCGCCACUGCGGUGGUCAUUGUAGAGGAUGACUUUGGUAAUCGCUAUCCUGCACGUGCUCUACUAGAUUCAGGGUCAGAAAGCAAUUUUAUUACCGAACGGUUGAGUCAGCAUCUGAAGGUAUAUCGAGAGAAAGUGGAUAUUGCUAUCGUUGGAAUUGGACAGGUAUCGUCAAGGGUCCAACAAAGAAUAAGGGCAGUGGUACGCUCACGUGUGGCGAGCUACGCACGAAGCAUGAAAUUUCUCGUACUUCCGAAGGUAACAGCUAAUUUGCCAACUAGAAACGUGAACACCGAUGGUUGGAAAUUUCCCGAAGGAAUAGAGCUAGCGGACCCUACAUUCUGUGUCUCUCAGGAAGUAGAUAUGGUUCUUGGUAUUGAGUCGUUCUUUGAAUUCUUCGAAACCGGAAGAAAGAUUUCACUCGGAGGAGAAAUGCCUUUCCUGAAAGACUCAGUAUUUGGAUGGGUUGUGUGUGGAGGACAAUCAAUGACGGAUCAAUCGACAAAAAUGAGUUGCAACGUAUCCGCUUCCGAGAAAUUGGAGGAUUUGAUAACAAAAUUUUGGUCCUGUGAGGAGGUCAACCCAGUCAACCUUUAUUCGCCAGAGGAGACUCAAUGUGAAUCGCAUUUCAUGCAUUUUGUAAAUCGUGAAUCCAGCGGACGUUACACUGUAGCUCUACCAAUGAAGGAGGACGUUGUGCGAAGAUUGGGCAAAUCAAGGGACAUCGCAUUAAGGCGUCUACUGUCAACCGAAAGGAGACUUGCAAGGGACGUAAAUUUAAGGGAACAGUACGUGCUGUUCAUGGAGGAAUAUAUGCAGCUAGGUCACAUGCAAAAGAUUACUGAAGCCGAUCAAGACUUAACCGAACGAUGCUAUCUACCACACCAUCCAGUAGUCAAGGAGACUAGUACCACAACAAAAAUUCGAGUAGUAUUUGAUGCGUCAUGCAAAACAUCCUCGGGAGUAGCUCUAAACGAUGGAUUAUUGGUGGGACCGGUUAUUCAGGAUGACUUACGUUCGAUAGUUCUUCGCUGUAGAAUCAAGCAAAUUAUGCUCGUUGCUGAUGUCGAGAAGAUGUUUCGACAGAUUCUAGUUCGAUACGAGGACCGGCACUAUCAGUCCAUACUUUGGCGCCCUUCACCAAAUCAGGAAGUUGAUACCUUCGAACUUAAUACAGUCACUUACGGAACAAAGCCAGCACCGUUUUUAGCAACUCGAACGCUCAAACUACUGGCAAUGGAUGAGAGAGAAUCCCUCCCCCUAGCAGCCAAAGCAGUGGAAGAAGAUAUAUAUAUGGACGACGUGAUAACGGGUGCAAAUACAAAGGAGGAGGCGUUGGAGCUUCAGAUCCAGUUGAACGAGAUGUUGAAAAGGGGAGGAUUCAGGCUUCGAAAAUGGGCUUCAAAUUGCCCUGAAGCUCUACACGGAAUUUCUGGAGAAAGUCUGGCAAUUCGUGACUAUUUUGGAAUCAAUAUCAGCCCUGAUUCGAUGGUGAAGACCUUAGGGUUGAAUUGGUCGCCCCAAAGGGAUGAAUUCAUGGUAUCGUUCAAUAUUUCCCCACUGGACAAAACUAAACCUAUCACCAAACGACAAGUGUUAUCCAUCAUAGCUACGCUGUUCGAUCCACUAGGUCUGAUUGGAGCGGUCAUAACAACAGCAAAGGUAUUUAUGCAGCAAAUAUGGACAUUGCGCUGCAAUAAUAAUCACAGUUUUGAUUGGGAUCAGCCACUACCUUCAAUGGUGGGUGAGAGCUGGCGCAAAUUUUAUGAGCAGCUUCACAGUAUGAACAACAUAAGGAUAGAUCGCUGUGUCAUUAUUCCAGGAGCAGUUUCGGUACAGCUCCACUGUUUCUCAGAUGCUUCAGAGAAGGCCUAUGGUGGCUGCAUAUAUGUGCGUAGCGAGAAUUCCGAAGGGAAGAUAAUUGUGCGAUUGUUGACGUCGAAAUCAAAGGUUUCUCCACUAAAAACGCAAUCUAUACCUCGGUUGGAACUUUGUGGAGCUCUACUAACCGCCCAAUUAUUCGAGAAGGCCAUGCGAGCUACUCAUUCGAAUGUACCGACAUAUUUUUGGACUGACUCAACAUGUGUGCUACGGUGGAUCCAAUCAGUUCCCACGACUUGGACCACGUAUGUUGCCAAUAGAGUAGCCAAGAUCCAGAAUAUCACAGAAGGAUUUGAAUGGAGGCAUGUUUCCGGAAUUCAGAAUCCAGCAGAUAUGAUAUCGAGAGGAAUCUUCCCAAACGACAUCCAGCAAAAUGAAAUUUGGUGGUAUGGACCUCAUUGGUUAGCUGAAACAUCGAUCAAAUGGCCUUCUAUAGGUUUUACCCAACAUGAUGAAGCGGAAGAUGAACGACGACAUUUGGUAAUCGCGGCUCCUACAACAACUUCACCCACGGCUGAAUUCAACGAGUUGUAUUUAGAAAAAUUUUCAUCGUACUCGAAUUUACUUCGGCGCACAGUUGUUUGGUUGCGUCUAAUGGAGUAUCUGAUAAAAUCUCCGGAUAAAAGAACUGGGUUUAUCACAACUGAUGAGCUUCAUCGCGCUGAACGAAUAUUAGUACGUUGUGUGCAAAAGGAAUGUUUCGUUGAAGAAUGGAAGGCAUUAUUGAAGAAUGAUUCGGUACCCCGAAAUUCUCCGCUCCGGUGGUUCAACCCAUAUGUAUCCAAGGAUCAAGUUUUGAGAGUUGGUGGACGGUUGCGGAAUGCUGCCGGGUGCGAUGAUACUAAACAUCCAAUGGUGUUACCAGCCCGUCAUCGCUUCACGCGAAUGCUAUUGAAACAUUAUCAUGUACGUCUGUUCCACGCAGGGCCACAACUUUUAUUGAACACUGUUAGACUUCGUUUCUGGCCGCUAGGUGGACGGAGUACUGCCAAACAAAUUGUGCAUCAAUGUAUCAAAUGUUUUCGUUCGAAACCAUCACUAAUACAGCAAUUUAUGGGUGAUUUACCAGCCGCUCGUGUAACCAUAUCCAGACCAUUUUCAAAAACCGGUAUUGAUUAUUUUGGACCAGUUUACAUAAGACCCGGACCUCGUCGUACAGCAGUCAAGGCUUACGUUUCGUUAUUUGUAUGCAUGUGCACUAAGGCGGUACAUUUGGAACUAGUGAGUGAUUUAUCUACAGAUCGAUUCAUACAAGCCUUACGAAGAUUUAUGGCGCGAAGAGGAAAGUGCACCGAUAUAUACUCGGACAACGGCACAAAUUUCGUUGGAGCUAGGAACAAGCUUCGAGAGUUCAUGCGGCUACUUCGGGAUAAACAGCAUAGUGACAAGAUAUCAAGAAUGUGUGCAGAUGAAGGCGUUCAGUGGCACUUCAAUCCCCCUAGUGCCCCACACUUUGGAGGACUUUGGGAGGCAGCUGUACGAUCAGCGAAACAUCACCUAUUGAGAGUGAUUGGAGAAAAUCCAGUGUCGAUAGAAGACAUGACGACUUUGCUGGCACAAGUAGAAGCUUGUCUUAACUCCAGACCAAUAACUCCUAUUUCGAAUGAUCCGUGUGAUUUGCAACCGCUAACUCCUGCGCAUUUCCUAAUUGGUUCUUCACUGCAAGAUUUACCAGAACCGGAUUUAUUGGCGAUCCCAAGCAAUCGGCUGCACCAUUGGCAACUUAUUCAACAAAGGUUACAACAUUUCUGGAAGAGAUGGCAAGGAGAGUAUUUAUGUCAACUGCAAGGACGUUCGAAACGCUGGAAACCACCGAUACCCAUUCAAACUGGCAAACUGGUCAUCAUCAAGGAAGAUAAUCUGCCUCCAUUGCGCUGGAAGAUGGGAAGAAUCGAGGAGAUUCACCCGGGAAGCGAUGGAAUAGUGCGUGUAGUAACGUUGAAAACAGCUACAGGUUCGCUUCGAAGACCCAUCGAAAAGAUUUGUUUUUUGCCAGAAUUAAAUGAAGAAAAUUAUUGA